AAAAAAUCGCGGAGUUACAGCGCACCUGCUGAAAUGGGCGCAGGGCUAUGGCCACCAAAAAAUCCUUGUUUUAUUUUUCUUACUUGAUUUAAUACUGGAAGGACCCGUUCUUUGUCCUUUCCCUCUCUCUUCUUUCCCUCACACCACACUUGGUGAACACCAGUUCAACAUACCCACGACACCUAUCCGCUGCCAAAUGCAUAUAGCAAAGCCUGCCGUCUUCCGUACUUCUUUCUUCCGAUACCAGAUGCGUGUCGCGAACUUCUACGAGAUCGAGCGUCACUUCGAAUCACAGCCCCGCGCAGAUCCGGAGCGCCGACGAGGAUUCCCUUGAAUAGCACGACUAUCUGCACUUGUCCACUGUCUGAGCUGGGCGAGUGCUGCGUGGUGUAGUUAUCAGAGCAUAACCGUGCCGUUCCUUAACCCCCAAAACUCAGACUACCACUUUAAAUACCGCCCACCAUGAUAAGCCAGGCACCUGCCGCGGUCACUACCGUCCGCGGAUUCCAGACUACACCUGCUACUUCGGGCGACGAAGACUCCGACCACGGACACAGCGAGGCCCCUACUCCGCGGCGCAAGACUCCCGGCCGAAACCUCAUCAUCAACGAUGUCGUGAGUGCCAACUGCAGCCCUACCUUCCGCGCCCAUCCCUCGCCCGCCAUGUCGGGCAUCGCCAAACUGCGCAUGCAGAUGGAGCCUCUGAGCCUCGAUGGAGGGUCCCCAUGCCACUCCAUGAGUCGUGCUGGAAGUCAACAAGGACUGGCGCUUGAGUUUCGAAAGCAAAUGAUCAGCCGUACGCAGAGUCGAGAGGAUGUUCGCAGCGAGGCUGGUAGCGAGAUUUCAGACAGCUCUAUUAGUUACGAGGUUAACCUCGAGCACGAUUUUGCUAGCGAGAGUGUUCGAGAGCGUAGUGGAUAUCUCGAAACCCUAGAGGGCGGCCUUGCGCCAAACCGUAAGAUGACGUCGGAGGACUUUGAACAGCUGCGAUGUCUUGGCAAGGGUACCUAUGGUACUGUAUUACUCGUCAAGCAACGCGCGACUGGAAGACUCUACGCCCAGAAGCAAUUCAAGAAGGCCUCGCUUGUCGUCCACAAGAAGCUCGUUGAGCAGACCAAGACUGAGCGACAGAUUCUCGAGUCCGUCAACAGACAUCCAUUUGUUGUCAAGCUGUUCUAUGCCUUCCAAGACCAAGAGCAACUAUACCUCAUUCUUGAAUACGGACAGGGCGGUGAGCUCUUCACCCAUCUCAACACCGAAAAGAUGUUCUCGGAGGAUGUGGCCGCAUUCUACAUGGCGGAGAUGCUUCUAGCCAUCUCUCACCUUCACAACGAUCUCGGCGUGGUCUACCGCGAUCUCAAGCCGGAGAACUGCCUUCUAGACGCUGAAGGCCAUCUCCUCCUGACUGACUUUGGUCUUUCCAAGGUCUCGGUCGACCAGAAUGAGAGCUGCAACUCGAUGCUGGGAACUGUCGAGUACAUGGCGCCCGAGGUGGUCCUUGGAAAGAAGUAUGGAAAGGCGGUCGACUGGUGGUCGUUUGGAGCCCUCGGAUACGACCUGAUGACUGGAAACCCACCUUUCCGUGGCCAAAACCACGCCAAGAUCCAAGACAACAUCGUCAAGCAGAAGCUGGUUCUUCCUUACUUCCUGAGCCCUGAUGCUAAAGACCUACUCACCCGACUUCUUCGCAAGGACCCCAGCAAGCGUCUCGGUGCCGCGAUGCCCAAGGAUCUGGCGACGAUGAAGAAACACCGGUUCUUCCGCAAGAUUGACUGGAAGAAGCUGGCGGAGCGCGAGCUUGAGCCACCGAUUCAGCCCAUGAUCACGGACCCUGAGCUAGCCGAGAACUUCGCCCCAGAGUUUACAGAGCUGUCCAUCAGCCCGGUGCUACCAAACAAGGAGGCCUGGCCUCGAAGUCUCCCUAAGGAUGAGCUCUUUGGAGGAUUUAGUUUUGUUGCAUCUUCAAGCCUGUUGAAUGAAGAUCGAUUCGCGGCUUUUGCCCAGUCCUGAUCGUUUACUGUCGGGAGGAGAGAAAUGGUGACUAUAGACUAUAAAGACAGGGGAAAGGGAGUUGAUUGAGAGGCAUUGGUGUUAUUCAAGAUGCUUGCGUAUUGAUUGGUGUGGUUUUGCGUUACCUACAGAAAGAGCAGCUACAACAGAGACAGGCCUCAAUGGCCGUUGGAAGGUACUGUAGUAUCUGUUAAGUCAGUCUGGUAGUACCAUUCGAAUUGUAGAUUUCAAUAGAGUUUUCGUUUCUAUA